AUCACAAUGAAGAUGGUGCCAAAAAUGCUGUCUCCUCUUGUCAAAGAAUGGGCCCCGGAGGCGUUUGUUAUUUCAUUUAAACUAGAGACGGAUCCCUUGAUCUUAAUCGAUAAAUCACGGCAGGCUCUGGAGAAAUAUCGUCACCAGGUGGUGGUCGCAAAUAUCCUGGAGUCACGGAGAACCUCUGUUAUUAUCGUAACCAAAGACUCCCAGACUCCGUUAUCUCUUUCUGAUGAGGAAGUAGCGCAAGGCAUGGAAAUAGAGGAGAAAAUAGUGAGCUAUCUUCAGGGCCAACAUACUGCAUUUAUAGAGAAGAAAGUCUGA